AUGGGCGAUGCUGUACAGAUCCUCAAGGAAGUUAAAUCCCCCUUCGCAAUUAGGGGUGGUGGCCAUAUGCCAAUUGCCAAUGCGGCGAACAUCAAUUCGUCCGGCGUUUUGCUUUCCAGCUUCGGCCUUACCCAGCUCAGCCUGUCUGAUGACCAGUCUACGGUCAAUGUCGGCCCAGGAAACCGAUGGUCCAAUAUCUAUGACUAUCUUGAGCCCAACGGGCUGACCGUCGUUGGUGGCCGACUCGGUCACGUCGGCGUUCCUGGGUACAUCCUCGGUGGCGGGGUCUCCUAUUUCAGCAAUGAGUAUGGUUGGGCCUCCGCAAAUGUUGCCAGUAUCACGGUUGUCCUGGCAGACGGGACAGUAGUCCAAGGGACCCCAGAGAAUGAGUACUCCGAUCUAUUCUGGGCAUUAAGGGGAGGUUCCAAUUCAUUCGCCCUUGUGACAAAUUUUGAACUGAAAACAAUCAAAGCCCCCAAGGUAAUGGUUGGCAUGGCAUCGUAUGGAUCCGACGUCGCUGAGAAGUUUAUCGAUGCUGUGCAUGCUUUCACUGUGGAUGGUUCGAAAGACCCUAAGGCGGCUACGAUUCCCUUGGCGGAGUAUAUCCCGGCCUUAGGAACGGCGAGCUAUAGCGCCAUUCUCUUCUACAAUGGCGAGAAUGAGAACCCUGCUGCUUUGGGGAACUUCCUAGGUUCCGAUUUGAACGCCACCAGCAGUACCUUUUCCAGCCGAUCCAUGAGUGACUGGUCUAAGGAGCUUGAUCCAGCCCUAUCGCUUGUCAAGGGCAGUAAACAGCGCUUCUAUGUGUUGAAUAUCCACGCCUCCAACAAGCAGGCAAUCUCUAUUGUUCAUGACACUUUCAUGGAUGUGGCACGAGAGAGCUUGCCUAUUGGGGUAUUGGUUGCAGCUUUAGCAUUCCCAGCAGUGACCGAGAAAUUUAUCACUGCAUCAACUGUCAACGGCGGAGACCCGCAGGGCUUGGAUCUCAAUGGCGCGCCAUACAUCUGGGUGGAAGAGAGCAUCACUUCUGCAGCGAUCGUCAGCGACGAUGAUGUCGACGCGUUCUAUGAAAAGGCUAAUGGUCAAAUCGUCAAGAACCUCCAGGCCGCGGGGAUCGAACUGGCCAACUUUAUCUAUCUGAAUGAUGCGAAUCCCUCCCAGGAUGUAUUUAGCACAUUCCCCCCAGAGAACCUUGAGCGACUCAAGAGCAUCCGGUCUAAAUAUGACCCGGACAGAAUAUUUACCGAUCAGAUGCCGGGAGGAUUCAAGGUCGCGUGA